AUGAAGCAACUUAACACCGUGAUAACAGAUUUAUCUGUCACAUCCUGUGCCUCACCUGGCGUCCCAGUCGCCUGCCCUCUGGAAAAGAGGACAUGGAAUCGACUCGAGAAAGAUCUCUACCUUCACGCAGGCGAGCAGGCAGCAUGGAUAUACCUUGAAGAAAGGGAUAAGGCCGAUGUUGCCAAUGGCAAUCGCGUCAUCACGGAUAUCUGGGUUGGCGCCACGAAGCCCCCCGGUGAUGGCGAGGACAGCUGGGAGCAACGAUCCUGCGGCAUUUGGAUCCUGAGAAGUCACUACACUGACAACUAUUUGAGAUUAUUGACAGGUAUUGACGUUCUCUUCGGAACGGAUGCUGUCGACCCACGACCAGGCUGGACACUAUUACCCGCACCCCUCCAACUUGAGGAUCAACCGGACGUGCCCGCACCGAGGCUUUCAGCGCGAUUUGGUCCACCAAUACCCAGACCUGACGACCCGAAUGCGCCUUUACGUGUCAACAAAGACGGAAAAUUCAAGAUCGUCCAGAUUUCCGACACGCACAUGGUCACGGGUGCUGGAGUUUGCAACGAUGCCAUGGACGCAAAUGGUCAACCUAUACCUAGUAUUGAAGCUGAUCCGAACACGAUUAAGUUCAUUGGGGAAAUUUUGGACGUCGAGAAACCCGACUUGGUGAUUCUCAGCGGGGACCAAGUACAUCAUGAUAUACCAGACACACAAUCCCCUUUGUUCAAGGUUGUGUCACCUUUGAUCAGUCGAUCGAUUCCUUUCGCGGUGGUUUUUGGAAAUCAUGACGAUGAGGGCACCUACGCGCUGUCGCGCGGAAAGCAAAUGGCAAUACUGCAAGAUCUCCCAUUUUGUCUAGCACAGGUUGGGCCCGAGUCAGUAGAUGGUGUGGGCAACUACUAUCUCCAACUCUUUUCCAGCGACGAAAAGCAGGUCCCAUUAGCAACAAUGUUCUUUUUCGACUCUCAUGGGCAAAUCACGAGUGAUGGCAAGAAUCCCGACUACGAACCAAUCCAGCAGAGUCAAAUCGACUGGUUCACCUCCACUUCACGGCAUCUUAAAAAGACCCGCAUUGCAAAGAGAGACGCUAGCUCUCCCUUUCUUUCUUUGGCUUUCAUGCACAUACCCUUCCCCGAAUACGCAGGAGACGAUUUGUCGAUAAGCGGUGGCAAGCGGAGAGAACCAACCGAAGGCCCCAGCAUCAACACGCAUCUUUACGAUGCUCUGGUGCAAGAAGAGGUUUCUGCGGUGGGCUGUGGGCACGAUCAUGUCAACGACUUCUGCGCUUUAUUGCCGAAGUUGCAGCGAGGUCAUUUGGUAGAACGUGACGAUCAAUCGGUCAAGCAUGGCCCGUGGCUCUGUUACAAUGGAGGUAGCGGGUUCGGGGGUUACUGUUCCUAUGAUGAAAAUCGUUACUACAGAAGGACACGAGUCUGGGAGAUCGACGCGAACAAGGGCGAUUUGAAGACAUGGAAGCGCAUCGAGUACUCCGGUAACCGAUUCGAGGAAGUAGUACUUGUAGAAGGUGGCCGAAUCACAGCUCCCUCAACAAUGUUAGAAACCGAGAAGACAUGCAGAAUCCUAUAG